AUUGAAUACAUCUCCAAACCUAUAUAGGAAUAUUGAGUGAAUAUCAAGAGUUAAGGAUAUCUGGACAACAUUAUUUUCAAUAUAUGAUGAUUCCGGUCUUACAAGACGAUCGGAAGCUUGCAACAACUCAAUUAGAAAAUUAUGCAAAUAAGAGUGAGUACGUUGAUAUUAUUGAUACUGCCCAAUAGGGAUGGUAGUAACUGAAGAAGUGCGGAAGUGCUGCAUCUUUGUAUAGCAACAGAGGUAAGAAACAUGACCAUAGAGAACGUCGUUUUGAUACAAAGCGUGUUGUAUGUUACAAAUGUAACAAAGAAGGCAUGUUGCUAAAUUUUGCAAAAAAAAAAAAAACAAAUCGAAAAUAUAUAAUUCGGAUAAUGGUGGAAUGGGUUCAAGUUGGUUUCUCAGUUAAUUUAUCGCUCAUUUUAAUGAAGAUGAAACGAACUGGUGAAUCUUCCCAUAUGGCAAAAAUAGAAAUAUUUUUUCAAAAGUUCAAAACAGUAGAGUUUGUAACAGUGGCUAAUGACAAUAAGUUAAGAGUCAUUGCAAGAGGUAAUGUUCCUUUACAAGUGUUUUGAGCGAAAAAUAUUACGAAGUUACAUCGCAGAAUGUUUUAUUGGAGCCAGAAGUAUGUGCAAAUUUAUUGUCUGUUAGCCAGUUGGUGAAGAAUGCUUUGACGGUCUCGAUUUUUAAGCUUCAAAAUAUAGUAUUUUGCACGAAGGUAAACUGUUUGGUUCAGCUAAGGUAGUUCAUAACCAAUUCUAAAUGACAAUUUCCGGGGAAAUUUCCUUUUCUCUCAUUCUCAAUAAAAAAUUCCCGGGGAUUUUGUUCCCCUUUCAAUUUCCCUUAUUCUAAACAAGUUCGAAAAUGAGAAAAAAUACUCCGGGAAAAAAAGUAGCUAUUCUAAAUGUCGAAAAAGGGAAAAUACGAAUUCAUUUGGCGCGAGUUUGUUCCCGACAAUUGAGUUGGAGAGUUACAAAAUAAAAUGUCAAAAACAACAAACAAAGGUCAGCUUGAAAUGCUUUUAAAUUUGAUGGAGGCUCAACGCGAUAUUGCGUGUGGCUUCCACAAGAAAACAAAGGAGGAAGUGGCAUUGUUUUGGCAAAUGGUGGAAAAUAAGCUGAAUUCGUGUGGACCACCAAGAAAAACACAAACAGAAUGGAAAAAAGUUUGGAGUGAUCAGAAAAAAUAUAUUCGAUCAAAGGCGGCUGCGAACCUAAAAGCAAGGAAUGGGACUGGUGGUGGACCAAAUAAGGAGCAACCUUUUUCGGACUACGAACAGGCCAUCUAUGUUUUGAUUGGAAUGAAAGAGUCGGUAGAAGGUGUUUCUGCAACAACGUUUGGGCUGGAUGCAAGGAAAAGGAAAUCCAAUAAAUAAAAUUUAGAGCCAGCAAAAAAAGUGACCAUUUCCUCUCCAUCCCCAACGGAAUUGCUUGCUGAAGAAUUCCUCCUAUCUUUGGAAAUCGAACCUGUCCUGUCCAGAAGCAACGCCAAUUCCACAAAGAUCUUCUCGACCGCAAGCAAGUACAAGUGCCCACAAAAAUACUGCCUCUGUUAUUGGUGGAAUCGCAAAACUUUUUUUUAGCUGGAUUACAGGACCUAGAGAGAAUAUCCGGCAAAUACUUGAAGACAACCUAGUUAACUCUAUAAUACUUUUGAAACCUAAGAGUCAAGUUGUUUAAUGAAGCUAGAAAAACAAAUUUAGAAUAAAUCUUUGUGAAUUUACAAGUACUUACAACCAUUGAGGCAACUCCAGACGGUUCGAACUGUCCCUCAACAACCCUUGGGCAUUGAUGUUCCUCUAACUCUUCUUCAAACAAGAUUCUUCUUCAAUACUGAACAU